UUUUGGGAGAGGCGGAGCUACGCUCUCAGCUGACGCGCAGGAGUGGUUGCCAUGGUGGACAUGUCUCCUUAGCGACGUCAGUUUAAGCUCAUAUAACUUGAGUUUUCUUUCACUACGAGCUAAACAUCAUGGCAGAGACAGUUGAUGGCAAGAAGGACGAGGCAGACUAUAAGAGACUACACAGCUUUCCUCUCAUACGGCACACAGAUAUGCCUGAGGAGAUGCGGGUGGAAACCAUGGAGCUCUGCGUUACGGCGUGCGAGAAGUUUGCCUCUAAUAAUGAGAGCGCCGCUAAAAUGAUUAAGGAGUCGAUGGAUAAGAAGUUUGGGAACUCUUGGCAUGUGGUGAUUGGCGAGGGCUUUGGUUUCGAAAUUACACACGAAGUGAAGAAUCUUCUUUACAUGUUCUUCGGUGGAAGUCUGGCGGUGUGCGUAUGGAAGUGUUCCUAACAUUUUUCAUGUGCUUUCUGACUUUAUAAUGAAUGUGCCACAAGUAUUUAUAUGUUUCUUUAUUGUUUGAUUAUAUAUCCUGUACUGAACAGGGUGCAUCAUUUUGUACAUUGCAUUUUUAGUGUAGCAUUUUUUUGUUUUCAUCUUCAUAUUAACAGUUGGCUGGCAGGCCAUCUGUGGGUUUUAUUGUCCAUCUCUGCCAUUCUUUUUCUCCAUCUGUCUCCUUUCUGUCCGUCCUGUUUAUCAUUUCUAUUCCUUCCAUUUUUUAUGAAUGGAUAAAGUAUUUUUCUAAGACAAAAUACUAUUUUUUUAAUUAAUAUGUGAAUACGUAUGAUCUGUUUUGAAUACUUCCGAUAUUUUAUAAGAGUUGUACAUUUUGUACAGCUGCAAUGUGUGUUUGUUUUUAUUAAUGACUAUUAUGUCAUUGUCUUGUGUAAUAAAACCCCAAUAGAAGUGAAA